UUAGGGUAUACUGAUCCUGCAAAGCCAAAUCUCCCUCGUCUGCAUGAGUGGCAAUUCAGAUCUGGACUUGAUCGCUACAUAUGGAUUAUUGGGAUGAUAUAUGCCUAUUUUCACCCGAAUGUUGAGAAGUGGAUGGAGAAAUUAGAGGAAUUUGAAACUAAGAGGAGACGUACAAUCAAGACAGCAAUUGUUACAAUUUCUUUAAUUGUUGGAUAUUUGUGGUUUGAAUAUGUAUACAAGCUCGACAAAGUUACCUACAACAAGUAUCAUCCAUAUACUUCAUGGAUUCCUAUCACUGUUUACAUUUGCUUGCGAAACUUCACUCAGGAGCUCCGGAAUGUCUCACUCACUUUUCUAGCGUGGCUUGGCAAAAUAACCCUGGAAACCUAUAUUUCCCAGUUCCACAUCUGGCUGAGAUCAAAUAUGCCAAAUGGACAACCUAAGUGGCUUCUUUGUUUUAUACCUGACUAUCCUAUGCUCAAUUUCAUGUUGACUACUGCCAUUUAUGUCUUGGUAUCUUAUAGACUUUUUGAACUCACCAACACACUCAAAUCAGUUUUCGUACCCACGAGAGACAAUAAAAAACUGUUGUACAAUUUUGCUGCUGGGGUUGCGAUUUCUGCGUGUUUAUAUUGCACUUCUUUCAUUCUUCUUCAAAUUCCUCAUUAACGAGCCCGAUUUGAAUGAUUUUGAACUUUGAAAGCGUCCCUUGCCCAGCCAGCAUAUAUAGGAAAGACGUGGAAAUAGAAUUUAUUUUUGACGUUGGAAGGAAUUGCUUCCAAGGCAUAUACUCCGUAUAAUAUACACGCAGAGGUUAUUGUCGCAUAGUCUUUGAAAUUUGAAAUCGCACGGAGGCAGCUGUUGGAAGUGGAAAUAUGUUGCAGUUUAGCCAGGAAAGAUCUGUAUAAUUUCUUCCUAAGAAUAUAAUGGCACUAUCAUAGUUAUAGUGUACCACUGUAUUGUUUGAAUGGAAACCCACGUAUCAUUUCCUUUUAUGUCUCUCAUCACACACAAUUCACACAAGUAGGGGUGGGAUCCUCUGUCCCAAUUCGUUUGUGCCCCCCCCAUCCCACCACAAAUUGGCUGCCAUUUGGCAACUUGUGUAAGUCAUUCAUGCCUCUUCUUUUUUUGGAGUAAACUCCUAAAAAAGAAAUCAUCCGAGUAAAACAUAGAGAAAAUAUUAAAAUAAAAGUUUCAUGUUUUU